AUGGAUUUAAGAGUAGGUAGAAAGUUUCGUAUCGGUAGAAAGAUUGGUUCAGGUUCAUUUGGUGAUAUCUAUCAUGGUACAAAUUUAGUUUCUGGUGAAGAAGUAGCAAUCAAAUUAGAGUCUAUAAGAUCAAGACAUCCUCAAUUGGAUUAUGAAUCACGAGUGUAUAAAUAUUUGACCGGUGGUGUGGGGAUUCCUUUUAUUAGGUGGUUUGGCCGUGAAGGUGAAUAUAACGCCAUGGUUAUGGAUUUAUUAGGUCCUUCUUUGGAAGAUCUUUUCAACUAUUGUCAUCGUCAAUUUAGUUUCAAAACAGUUAUCAUGCUGGCUUUACAAAUGAUUUGCCGUGUUCAAUACAUCCACGGUAGAUCUUUUAUCCAUAGAGAUAUUAAACCAGACAAUUUCUUAAUGGGUGUUGGCAGACGUGGUAGCACAGUUCAUGUGAUCGAUCUAGGUCUAUCCAAGAAAUAUAGAGAUUUCAAUACUCAUAGACACAUUCCUUAUCGUGAAAAUAAAUCCUUGACUGGGACUGCUCGUUAUGCUUCAGUCAACACUCAUUUAGGAAUUGAACAAUCUCGUAGAGAUGAUUUGGAAUCUCUAGGGUACGUUUUGAUUUAUUUCUGUAAAGGGUCUUUACCAUGGCAAGGUUUGAAAGCCACCACGAAAAAGCAAAAAUAUGAUCGUAUUUUGGAAAAAAAAUUAUGUAUUAGCGUCGAAGUCUUAUGUGCUGGUUUGCCAGAAGAAUUCUCACAAUAUAUGAAUUAUUGUAAAAAUUUAAAAUUCGAUGAAAGACCAGAUUAUUUGUUUUUGGCAAGAUUAUUUAAAGAUUUGUCAAUUAAAUUGGAAUACCACAAUGAUCAUUUGUUUGAUUGGACUAUGCUAAGAUAUACUAAGGCCAUGGUUGAAAAAUCAGUUCCACAAUUGACACAAACAAACAGCAAUAAUGCAAAUAGUAAUAAUAUUAAGGAUAAUAAUGCAACGAAUCUAAAUGAUAAUUCAAAUAAUAAUAACAAUAAUGAUAACAUUAAUAAUAAUAAUAAUAAUAAUAAUAAUAAUAAUACUGCCACCGCCACUGCCACUAAUAAUAAUAAUGGAAGUGAUAAUAAACAAGAAGAAAAAGAACAGUUUAAAAAUAUUAAAUUAUUAGCCAUGAAAAAGUUUGCCACUCAUUUCCAUUAUUGUAAGAUUGAUGCCGUUAAUGCUGGUGACAAACAUUAUCCAAUCCCUGAAGAAAUUAAACAACAAACUCAAGAAAAUUUAACUGCUGCAGAUUUCUUACCACCUGAAUUAUUGAUACUAAUAGAGAAAAAUAUGGAUAAUUUAAAACAAAACGCUCAACAAAAUAACAACAAUGAUAACAAUAACAACAACAAUAAUAAUAACCCAACAAGAAUACUUCAGCAAGCAUCACCUCAACAUCCGCAACAUGUACAACAAGGGGGUGUUACUCAAUAUCCUCCACAAAAUACUGCUUCUCCUGCACCGGCUGCUACUAAUACUAAUAACAAUGGUACCACUCAAUAUGCUCCACAACUGACUGAUCGUCGUGAUACAAGACCAUCCGGUCAAGAUAUUUGGCUAUAA